AUGCCGUCCGACGCGCAAGAGCCGCUCGACAUUUCCGCGGUCGCCGCGAGAGCUGCUGCCGCAUAUGGCGGAAACGCCUCUCCCAUGUCGGGUAUGUCUCAGACGGGCCCUUAUAUGACCCGCACCGCGUCCUGGUCCGCCGCUUCCGCUCCCGGGUGGGCCGAUGCGUACGGAGCCGCGCUUAGCUACGAAACCGGCGCGCACGAUGCUUCCCCCUCGCGAUCGUCUCUAGAUUUGGAAUCGCCGCCGCAAACGCGUUCGCGCCACGUGUCAGCGGAAGACGCGGCGGCCUUCGAGUUUAUCAAGCAGCACAACGCGACAACGUCCUCCGCGAGCAGGCGGUUCCAGCGCGCGCCGCUGCCCCCGCGGUGUUCCGCGCAGCAGCAAUCCCCGCGGGAGCAGCAAACAGCAGCAGAUGUGCUGGCCGCAAGUUCUUCUGGUCGGCUUGCGGCGCAGCGGAGGAGCAGUACCCGCAAUAAGAUCGUUUCGCUUGAAGAUAUUGUUUACGGACGGGUGUCCUCCUGA